AUGGAGUCAACGGCACUGAACGAAAGGAUGGCUAGGUGGCAGAUCAUACUCUCCGAAUUUGAUAUAAUCUACGUAAAUCAGAAGGCUAUCAAAGGGAGCGCAAUAGCAGAAUUUUUGGCCAGCAGAGCUUUAGAAGACUACGAACCUUUGAAUUUUGAUUUCCCGAAUGAAGAUUUGAUGUAUGUGGCAACCGCUAAAGAGGAUUCCCACGAAAAUCGUCCUUGGAAGUUAAAUUUUGAUGGAGCUUCGAAUGCUGUGGGCAAUGGAAUUGGGGCAGUCAUGGUGUCCUCUGAUGGAGAUCAUUAUCCUUGUACCAGUAAAUUGGAUUUCGAUUGCACCAAUAACAUGGCUAAAUAUGAAGCUUGCAUCAUGGGUAUCCAAGUAGCCAUAGAGAGAAAAAUUAAGAUACUAGAGGUAUACAGAGACUCUGCAUUAGUAAUAUACCAGCUCAAAGGGGAAUGGGAAAUGAGAGUCCUAAAGUUAGUCCGCUAUCAAAAAUUGGUUUUGGAAUUGAUUGAGGAGUUUGACAGUGUCACCUUUUGUUAUCUCCCACGAGAUAAAAACCAGAUGGCUGAUGCUUUGGCUACCCUAACCUCUAUGAUCAAAGUGAACAAACUAGAAUAUAUAAAGCCUAUUCAGAUCAGCAUUCAUGAGACCCCAGCUUCUUGUUACAGUAUUGAAGAAGAGGAAAAUGAUAACCAUCCAUGGUACCAAAACAUACUACGAUAUGUAAAGAACCGUGAAUACCCCGACCAUGUGAUAGAAAAUGACAAAAGGACAUUGAGGAGACUGGCUAUUGAUUAUAUCCUAGAUGGGGAGAUUUUGUACAAAAGGGGAAAUGAUCAAGUAUUGUUAAGAUGCGUGGAUGCUGUGGAGGCUAAGAAAAUUUUGGAAGAAGUCUAUGAAGGGAAAAUGACUGAAACCUACAAGGACUGGCACGAGAAAUUACCUUUUGCUCUCCUGGCAUAUCGAACAUCCGUUAGGACUUCUACUAGAGCAACACCUUUUUCUUUGGUUUACGAGAUGGAGGCAAUGUUACCCAUUGAAGUUGAGAUCCCUUCUCUUCAGGUGUUGGCUAAGCUAAGGUUAGAAGAGGCUGAAUGGAUUCAAUCUCGAUAUGAACAGCUAAACUUGAUAGAGGAAAAGAGGCUAAAGGCUAUUCGGCAUGGUGACCAAGGAUCAGAUCUUGUAUCCCUGAAUUGCAAUGGGAGAGGAUUUGGAAAGAGCCAGAUCUUAUACUCCUAA